AGCCGAGAGAUCCGCGCAGACGUUUUCUCUGCUCUUUGCCCGCCACAAUUGGAGGAAGCGGCCUUGGCGUCCGUGUGACCGCAGGCAUAGCGAGCACUGAGGAAUGAAGCGUCGACCAUUGAUUGUCCGUGAACUGAUCAGAUGAGGAGCAAAUGUCACGCCGCUCACUCUAGCGAGCACAAGUCAACAGACCCGGGAAGUCGAGUCGAAAGGAUUUUUGACGGCCGAGCGUGGAAAGGGCGCGCGUGCCAAAUCGCUUUGCUCGCUUCUCCUUUGACCUCUCACGCCUUCCGGUUGGCCGCAUGUUCCCAGAGUGGCGCCCAUGCUGCCGAGCGGGAGGAAAUGCGAAGCACGAGCGUAGACCAGGCAGGCCAUGUAUUUUUUUUCCAGGUUCAUAUUUGUAGGUGUUUGCCCGUGUUUGGGGCUGCCGUGAGCAAUCAAUUGCUUGCCUCCCAAGUCCGGUCCCGCCACACCUGAGGCAAAUGAUCCAAGAGGCCGGCCAUUUGUCAGCUUGAUUUGGCUUUUGUUGAUCUGGCGCCGGCCAUUUGCGUUGCCAGAGGAAGCGGCUAGGUGGAUUGCUAAGGAGUUUGUCCAAUGGGAAUACUUUUGUGCAACUUGCUUUAUGUUGCUCAACAUUGAGCGACUUGAGAGGGAGGCUUGGCUUCAAAGGGUGUCUGAAAAAGACAAGUAUUGGACUGUCCAGCGCUGGUCAUGAGGAAGGAGACAUCCUGCCUAAUUGUCUUGUUGCCUGCCUGCCUGCCUGCCUGCCAGCUGCUGACCAAGUGAGGAAUGUUCUCCUCCCUCCCUCCCUCCCUCCCACACGCAAAGCCCGUCCUCCUUCUCUUGCCUCAAAAAGCCCAUCAAGGAGAAAGGCCUCUGCAGUCCCACCCGACAGCCCGCCAGCGGUCGCCAUGAGGUUUGAGGAAAUCCUGGACGACGUCGGCGGCUUCUCCACCUUCCAGCUCUUAGUUCUGAGCAUCCUUUGCCUCCCGCGGGCCAUCCUGCCACUCCACUUCCUGCUGCACAACUUUGUGUCGGCAACGCCCGCCCACCACUGCGCCCCCGGGCCGGGGCCCCCGGACUGGAGCCCAGCGGACGCCCGCAGCUCGUGCACCAUCGACGAUGGCUCGACGAGUGGAAACCUGAGCGGGCGGCACAACCGCACCGGCCUUUGCCCUCACGGCUACAUCUACGACCGCUCCGAGUUCGCCUCUACCACUGCCACCGAGUGGGACCUGGUGUGCGAGGACCGAAGACUGAACCAGGCGCUUGCCACCUAUUUCUUCCUGGGUGUCACUUUUGGCGCCGUCCUGUUUGGUUAUCUCUCCGACAAGUUCGGCCGAAAGUCGAUGCUGGUAGCAGCUUUGUUGGGCGCCACCCUGCUGGGCGCCACCUCGGCCUUCGCCAGCUCAUACGCCAUGUUCGCCGUGUCGCGUGCGCUGACCGGCGUGACUCUGAGCGGCAUGUCCAUCAUCGGCACGGUUCUGGGCGUGGAGUGGACGGACGUGAAGCAUCGCACCUUGACGGGCACGCUCAUCAGUCUGUCGUGGAGUGCGGGCAACAUGCUGCUGGCGCUGCUGGCGUAUGCCAUCCGAGACUGGCGCCACUUGAUGCUGGCGGUAACGGCGCCGUGCCUACUGGCUUUGCUCGGCUGCUGGUGGCUGCCCGAGUCGGCACGUUGGCUGCUCGCCAACGGCAGGACCGCCGAGGCCCGCGACUGCCUGCUGCGCUGUGCCAAGAUGAACCGGAAGAAUGGCGCCAGACUCCAGCCCGAGAUCUUGGAGAAGGCGGCGGUUUCCGACGCGGCCGAUGAGACUCAUUCCUACCUGGACCUGCUCAAGACGCCCCGGCUGAGGAAGAUCACGCUGGUCUCGGGAUUCUCCUGGUUUUCCGUGGCCCUCCUGUACUACGGCAUCAGCUUCAGGAUCUCGGGCUUGGGCGUCAACAUCUACCUCACGCAGUUCAUCUACGGUGCCAUUGAAGUGCCCGCUAAAGUUCUGGCCUACUUUGUUCUGGACCAAAUGGGGCGGCGCAACGGUCAGGCGGGCUUUCUGAUGGCCACGGGUGCGCUCAUAGCCAUCAAUGCGGCCGUCCCACUGGACUUGGCCGUGCUUCGGACCUGCGUGGCCGUGGUGGCCAAGGGCUUCUCUGAGGCGGCGUUCACCACCGCCUUCCUCUACUCGGCCGAGCUUUUCCCCACUGUCCUUCGGCAGUGUGGCAUGGGUUACACGUCGUGUCUGGGUCGCAUCGGGAGCUCGGUGGCCCCGAUGAUCGCGCUGCUGGAGGACGCCUGGCUCUUCCUGCCGCCGCUCGUCUUCUCCGCCACGGGGAUACUCGGCGGCGGGCUCGUCUUCCUGCUGCCCGAGACGCUGGACGUGCGCCUGCCCGAGAACGUUCUGGACAUUGAGGAGGGAAGGCACAGGAAGUCGGAGCCCGGCGAGCUCUCCGACGGUCUGGAGAUGAGCGCCCGCGGCGCGCCCCUGGCCGAUGAGCGCAUUGCGAGAGCGAUGCAAGUGGCCAACGAUGGGCCAUUUUGAUGGGCUCAUUGGCGCCAAAGGGAAGACGAAUCCAAUUCCAAUCCCCCGUGCACUCAAGCAUUUCCCAUUUCAACACGUUGGAAAUAAAACGACAUUUUCAAGUGGGUCGACAA